AUGUCUAGGAAAGUGAGUUUCAUUCGGAAAUUAAUACUUUUUGCUUUUUAAAAGACCUCUCGAUAAGAUUUUCGGCAAAAAUAACAUAUUUACGGUCCCUAAAAAAGCUUCACUUCCUCCUUUCCUUGAGAUUACUGUAGUUUACUGUGUAAAAACAUAAAAUAUACGUAUUAUUUUUUUAUUAUUUUGCAGAUCUCCGUUGGCCUGAGCUUCUGCGUGUUGAGCCGACGUUUGAAAGAACCUCAUCCGGUCAUUUCCUUGGCCCUUCUGUCGACUUUGAUCUUGAAAAUCGUUGAAAUCAUCGUCAAGGUUAGUCUUUUUUCUGUUACAAAAAAAAAAUUAUUAUUUACAUCAAAAUCGAUGAUUCACACUUUGUAGUCCUAUUAAAAUAGCUGUUAAAAUCUGUCUUGCAAAUUUUUUUCGCAGCAUUAUUUUUUAUUUCCUUAUUUAAUAAGUUGGAAAAUGAAAUCGAACACUGGUUACAGUGAGAAAAAAUCCCCUUCCCCUUAAGAGGACUCUUAGAGAGGACACUAAAGUGGCCACUAAAACUUCUUUUAUAGAAGCCGCUAAUUGGCGUCUUAGUGGCCACUACAGUAGUUUUUCCUGUUCUGCUAGUACUACUCAAACUUCUAAAGAGGCCACUAAAUUCCAGUCACUUAAGAGACCUCUAAUUUUUCUACUAUAGUGGCCACUGCAACGUCAAAAACCCUAAAGCAAUCACUUGAAAUUUUCCCAGUCUUUCACGGUUUUUUCUCAACAAUGUACUACUGGGAAAAACUGAAGUGGAUCUUCAAGGGAAUCUGAAAUUUAGUGGCUCCUCUAGGGACUGUAUUAGGACCUCCUAAAGAGAGAAACUUAUAGGAUGAACCCUAUAUGAGGCCCUUGAAAACCCUUUUUUCGUUUGGAAAGGUGCUCCUUUAGUAUACCUCCUUAAGAGGACUUUUUUCCCCUAUAGGGCCCACUUUUCGCAGUAGUUUGAAUUUUUGUCUGAGCUGAAAUUCAAGUUAAGUUUUUUUAAAACUUUUUGAUGAAGCAAAAUAAAUCAUGAAAGGAAAAAAAGAUGAUUUAAAUAUUCAAGGACCCAAUUUCACUAUUAUUGAUUCACAAUAUUUUUCAAAUUAAUUCUCAAGAAUCGAAAAAAAUUUGAAAAACUCAUUGAAUAUCAACCCGGAGAUAACGUUCAUACAGGGAUCUCAACCAAAUUAUAACUUUUUUUUAAAAUAAGAUGGCCGAUUUCGGAUUACUUUUUUCGCUUAUCAUUUCUAUUCAUAGAGACUUUGGAACGUACUAGCGACGGGUGGAAAUGGAUAAUUUCUUCAAAAUGUACCACUUUUUAGCUUAUUCACAAUUUUAAACGCGAAAAAAGUUCAACAAAAAUCGUUUCUUUACAGUUCGAAUAUCUUGGUACACUGAUUUCUCAAAAAUAAUCAACAAGUUCAACAAUUUCAAGGCAAUCGAAGGAGAUUUCGACGCUGCGGCAAGCGCAGAAGGCGCCCUUUUAAUGGCCGAAGUCGCGCUUUUGGCCGAGGCCAAGCCUCGACAAAAACAGGUAAUUUAUAUUUUAAUGCAAUUCACUCACAACUCUAUAAUGCAGCAGCACAAAAAAAAAAGAAAAUUUUUUCUGAAAACUUGUGUUUUCAGAAAAUUUUAUCGAAAACAUACACAAACCUCAAACUUCGCCAUUUUCCCGCAAUGAAACUGAUACAUUUCCUUUGACAUCGAGUUAUCUGAAAAAGCUAGCAUAAAAAAAAAACAAUAAAACUACUGCCGUGUUCAAAGUAAUUUCCGCGAAAUGCAAAAUACCCGUUAGAGAAAGGAAAAGAUCACUAAAUUUUGGAGAGUCAGAGAUCAUUUUGCACGGCGUUUCUGCCAGUUGAAGAAAAUGCAAGGAAUUUGAAACUCGGCAAAGUCUGCGCACUUCUCGAAAUUCGCCCGCGAAAUUUGAAAAAAAGUGGCUUUUAUUUUUUUGAUUUUUUUGUCAAUUUUUUUCAUAUUUUUUUCACUUUUUUUCUUUUCGUAGAUUGCUGAUAGUAUUGCGGGACCACGAUCGGGGUAUACUCUGGGUUGUUAGACGUUUUUUUGAAAGUAGUUCUGUGAGGCUAACUUUAAAAACUCGUGAUGAAGAAGCGUUUUGAAAAUCUCCACCUGUUUGUAUGGAACAUGUUUCACCCCAUUUUAUGUUUUCUUAUUCUAUUUUUUUGUCGAUUGUUCAGAUUCCUAGGUUGUGGACAUCAAUGAGAUGAAGUUACAUGAAAAAAAUGUCUGUGAAGUUGAGAAAGUAUGUUCCGGAAUUCAUUUAUAUCCGGAUAUUCCGUCAACUUUUUUAUAAUAAAAAAAGUACUUUCUGUAAAACAUCUUUUUAUUUGUUUCUCCACAGCAAUAUAGUUUUUAUUUAAUCUCUUUUAUUUUUCCUCGUCUUUUUUUCUUCAAUGUUCAUUCGUUUCUCACACUUAUAUCAUCGGUUAACCUUAUUUUCCAAAUUUUUUGUGCAUGCACUAAACACGUCCUAAUUGACGGAGAGAAGUGGGCGGGGCGUCGCAAAAGAAACACCGUGUUUGCAUUUCGCGGAAAUUACUUUGAACACGGCAUAUGAAAAAUGAAACGAAAAAAAUUCUAAGUCACAUGGUUCUUUGCGUCGCGUGUAUGCACUACCAGCAUUUUAUUUUACGAAAGUUUGGUUUUUGUUUUGUUUUUUUAUUCGCGUUUUCUCAAUAUUGAAAUCAAUAUCUUGGAUUCACGCUUUUUCUUGUUUCGGAAACACAAAUACCCAUUUCGUCAGGCAAUCUUGUCAUUAAGACUUGAAAGAGUGGGUUCGAAACAUUAAACUUGCGACUCCUACCUCUCGCGGCUAAAAAUUCAUUCCGAAAAUUAUUUUUGUGUAUCGCUUUCAUGUAAAAGUUUUUUAGUUUUUAAAUAUUUUUAUAAGCUAUUUUUUUCAUUUUCAGAAGUUUUUUUCAAUGAGUCUUUUUUUGAUAGAAGUUUCAGCAGUUUUUUUAUCAAGUUUGAUUUCGUUUUUUGAGGAACUUAUUAUGAUUAUGAUGUGAGUUUGUUUCAGAAUGUCAGUCCGGAGGAGAAAUCGUCGUUCUUCUCGAGACUGUUCUUCUGCUGGAUGAACGAAGUAGUGCGGACUGGUGCUUCGAGACCACUUAUCAACGAGGAUUUGUACCCACUGGCCGAAAAGUGCACCUCUCAUUCGUUGAUCGAAAUCUUUGAUCGGGAGUUUCAACACCAGAAAACUAGUUCGUUGGAGAAUUCUUAUUUAAGUGAUUUUGUGGAGUUGCAGAGCAAAAAUCAACAGAGCCGACUUCAUUGGUUUGGCCAUUCGUGAGGAGUCAGAAAAAGCUGAUUAUAACUAUCACUUUGAGUCGAAUGGUGGCCGACGUCGUCCACUACUUGAAUCCGCUUCUUUUGAAGUUUGUCGAAGCGAAUGUGGGAAACUGGGGAUUUAAUCAAAUAUCAUUAACUUGAGCGUAGUCUAUCUGCGCUCUCCAUCAACCAAAAACUGUAUUUUUUAAAGUCAUGUCAGGACCUUUUUCAAGGGCUCAGGCCAGCCGUAAAUCAGCUACAAAGCGCGGCGUUUCCAAACGGGGUGGGGUACUUUUUUUACUUUUUUUUACUUUUUUUUGUAAAUUCACUUACUUUUUUUUGUAAAUUCAGAAACAAAAAUGCUUGAAACAGAUCAAAAAAAUGUGCAAGGAUACAUAACUGUUACUAAAAAAACAUUGGCAAGAGUUGUUUUCACUCAGAAAGGAAAGUUCGAGCCUGACUCCCCUCGAGAUGUUUAUAGUCCAUUCCACAAGAGCUUGUCACGAUUUUUGUUUUUAUUUGAGAAAAUGAACCCUUCUCUUCGAUGUGGGUGGCGUGCCUGUGGGCAUGCGCCUUUAAUAUAAGACUAAUUUAAAGGCACAUCGAAGGGAAGUUUCCCGGAAUGGUUCCGUAGCUCGAAGGAAAAUCUAAAUCCUUCCCUCUUAGGUAUUAAAAAUAGUUAUAUCAAAUUAUUUCUUCACAGUUUCUCUUUGAUCGGUCCUCACCGUUGAGUCGCCACGCCACCCGGACGUUUCUGAACAAGUCUAGGGACCAGUUAAAAAUACUAAAGUGGUCACUAGAACUGCUCAGAAACGUACCGAGGGUCUACUUUUUAAAUUUUGCAAAGGAAGUUGGGAUUUACAUCAAAAAUAUACGGAAAAAAGUUAAUUUUCUCAUCAUUACAUUAUAUUUGAAGGCAAUUGAUCGACUACGUCUCCCUGAAAGAUCAGCCCUUGUCUUUCGGAAUUUGCAUCGCUUUAAUUAUGUUCCUGUCGGCCGAGAUCCGGUCGAUGCUCCAGAAUUUCCAGGUUCCCUUUCUUUUUGUGAAAUUUUAGAUUUUAGAAAAAUUUUUAAGUUAGAAAAAACAUUUUUUUUUCGAAAAUUAGUCAACUUUUUUAUCUCUCAAAAUUUUUUUCUGUGCAACGAAUUCCGAAUUUUGGAGAGAAUAAUAGCCAACUUCGAAAUAUUCCCGUGACCGGACGUGGAAUGGCUCGACUCGAGUUUUAUCUUCAAUUUUAAAGGCUCAGUAAAACCCAAAAAUUAUUUUUUUCUAUUUCAAGAAGCGCAAUAGUUUUUAGCACGGAAAUUUACCGAAUUAUUUCAAUAACCAACUUCUAAAACAGUAAUUUCAGGUUUCCGGUAUGUUCAAGUUGGCCGUUUAUUACCAGAGCACUCUACAGAACGCUAUUUUGAAGAAGGUCAAUUUUAUUUCUUUUCCACAGACAAAGUCCAGAAGACCUCAAAAAGACCUUGAAACAAAGAGCCUAAAGCCCCUUUUUGAGUACCUAGCAAGGCGUCAAAGGUUCUCGGAAUUUGCUUUUUUCACCUUUUUUCCGCCUUUUCACACCUCCUUUGAAGGUCCUUUUAGAAAAAGGUCUGAAAAAAGGCGCCUUUGAGACAAUUCAAAAGUCUUUUUUCUCCAAAAAUCCUUUUUGAGACCUUCUGAGCUUUUCCCGUGUCUUCUCUUUUUUUCUACUUAUUUUUCUAUAAUUUUUUUAUAUUUUUCUAUAAAUAUUCCAUUUCUCUUUUCUAUAUAUAUAUAUAUAUAUAGUCACUAUAAAAGCUAUUCCGACUGGCUCGAUUUAUCAGAAAUUUUCGAAUAAUUUUUUUUUCGUUAUCCAAGUGAGGAUUUUUAGUGAAAAUUGAUUUUUCAAUUUUUUUAUUUCUCAUUCCGUUUCCAAAAAAAGCCUAAAAAAACUAUAAAGAACUGAUUUUUUUGGUUUCAUUAGUUUUUUUCUCUUUCAGAUAGAGAAGAUAUGAACUUUUUCAUUUUUUUAAUGAAACUGUUUUUUUCAAAAAUAAUUUCUCCAAAUUUCAGAAAAUCAAAGUUUUUCCGCAGCUUUCGUUGAAUUUCUUCCUCGAAAAAAAUUGGUUCUCAGCUUUUUUUGAACAUUCGCCCGUUAGGACGCUUUCGACCGUUGUUUAAAGAUUUUCAAAAAAAUUUUUAUCCAAUCACUCCGAUUCCAAAAAAAUAACUGUCAAAAUUCAAGAAAAAGAGCAUUUUUUUCAAGGUUUUUGGAGAUUUCUCCAUCCGCUAGAGCCCAUCGAACCGCUGGCGAGAUUUUUGAAUCAUGCCGCGGUUGAUAUAGAAAUCGUGAUCCAUUCGAUUCCCUACCUGCAGAACACCUGGUCCGUCCCGUUUCAGGUAAAAAAAUAUAACGAUUUUUUUGAGAUAAAAUGAAGUUUUUUUCGUAGUUUCUAAUGUUGUAACUUGCUGGGAAGUUUCAAAAAACGCUUAAAAAUCGAAAAUUGACUUCAAAUGAGAAAGAAAAAAUCGUUGUUUGUGUGGAUUUUUUGAAGGGUUAUUAAAAAUUUGAGAUAUGAUUGAAAAAAAUAAUAUUUUAGGAAUCAAUGAUUUUCAUUCAUGACUUUCGAAUUAUUGUGUGAAAUAAUAGGUUAAGGUGAUCCCUUUAGGGAAGCCUAAGGUCGCCACUUAAGGGACCACUCUGGCGUUCCUGAGAAUGUUUACGGUAGCCCCUUGAAGGGGGCCUACAAGAGCCUCUAAAGUUGCCACUUUAGGGGCCACUCUGGCGUUUCGAAGAUAGAUUAUAGUUAUAUUAUGACCCGCUAUGAUCUAUUGAAAAAUAAGAAAAAUACAUUUAUUCAAGCAAUUUUGGAAACAGUGAGUUCAUGUAGGUGACCCUGGCGAUGACGAUGCUCUGGCUGACCCUGGGUCCGCCCGCCCUGGCCGGGGUCGCCGUCAUGGCCCUUUUCAUCCCGUUGAACAUCUUCACCUCGAAAUUCGUCAAGAGGUCCCAGAUGGCGCAGAUGAAGGCCAAGGAUGAACGGACCAAACUUUCUAAUGAGGUUCAACUUUUUCAUUUUUAAGUUUGAGUGGUAACUUUAGGGUUUUGACGUUUUGGUGGACACUAUAGUAGAAAAAUUAGUGGUCACUUAAGUGACUGGAAUUUAGUGACCCUUUUAGGAGUUUAUGGGGUACUACUAGACCACUAAAAACUACUAUCUAGGAUUUACUUCAAGGGCCUGCUAUAGGGUUCAUCCUCUAAGAUUCUCACUUCUAGAGAUCUUGAUACAGUCCCUAUAGGGAUCACUAAACCUUAGACUCCCUUGAAGACCCACUUCAGUUUUUCCCAGUAAUAAUUUGUUAGGAAAAAACCAUGAAACACUUUGAAAAUUUCAAGUGAUUGCUUUAGGGUUUUGAUGUUUUAGUGUACACUAUGGUAGUGGGGCGCGCCGUAGCGCAACAGGUUAUGGGCCUGUCUACGGUCUAAAGAAACGAUUUUGUUGAUUUUUUAUUCGCGUUUAAAGUUGUGAAUCAGCCUAAAACUGUUUAAUUUUGAAGAAAUUAUCCAUUUCCACCCGUCACUCAUACGUUCCAAAUUUUCUAUAAAUAGAAAUGAUGAGCGAAUGGAAAGUAUUCCAAAAUCGGCUAAUUUACUUUUAAAAAAAGUUAUAAUUUGGUUGAGAUCCCUGUAUGAACGUUAUCUGCGGGUUUAUUUUCAAUGAGUUCUUCAAAUUUUUUUCGAUUCUUGAGAAUUAAUUUGAAACUUUUGUGAAUGAAUAGUAGUUAAAUUAGGUCCUUAAAUCUUUAAAUCAUCAUUUUUUCCUCUCAUUAUUUUUUUGCUUCAUCAAAAAAUUUUUAAAAAACCUAAAUUUAAUUUCAGCUCAGACAAAAGUUCAAACUACUGCGAAAAGUGGGCCCUAUAGGGGAAAAAAAUCUCCUUAAGGAGGUAUACUAAAGGAUCACCUUUCCAAACAAAAAAUGGGUUUUGAAGGGCCUCCUAUAGGAUUCAUCCUCUGAUUUUCUCACUUAAAAGGUCCUGAUACAGUCCCUAGAGGAGCCACUGAAUUUCAGACUUUCUUAAAGGCUUACUUCAACUUUUUCCAGUAAUAAUUUGUUAAGAAAAAACCGUGAAACACUGGAAAAAUUUUAAGCGAUUGCUUUAGGGUUUUGGCCUUUUAGUGGUCACUACGGUAGUCGAAUUAGUGACCACUAGAGUGUUUAAAUUCAGUAGCCUCUUUGGAAGUCUGAGUAGUACUAGCAGAACAGGAAAAACUACUGUAGUGGCCAAUAAGACGCAAAAUAGCGGCUUCUUUAAAGGUGGUGUCAGUGGCCACUUCAGGGUCUUGAAGUUUUAGUGGCCUCUCAAGUGAUUAAUGUUUGGUGGCCUCUUUAGGAGUAUAAAUGCCACAACUGAACCACGAAGAACUACUAUAGUGGCCACUCAGGCGCAAAAUAGCGGCUAUAGUGGCCACUAUAGAGGUGGUUUCAGAGACCGCUUUAGCGUCCUCUCCAAAUAAUCCUUGAGGGACCUCUUAAGUAGCCACCAGACUUUUUCUUAGCAAGAUGAAACGAUUUUAUACGACAUUUCUAUCAGCUUUUUCAUUAUUCAAAAAAAAAGUCUGAAAACUACUCGAAAAUCCCUGGCCGCACUGAGAAUGGCUCGAAGUUUCGAGUUCAAAAAUUUUUUCUCAUUUCUUUUAAUACUGGAACUGCAACUGAGCUGGUCGCACUUGGAAUGGCUCGAAGUGUUGCGGUUCAUCCAGCAAAUUGGUCACAAAUAUUCAAUACUUUUGCGCGGAACUCGUUGGAGGUCGGAUGCGGUUUCAAGCCAAUCCAAAUGCGACCGCAGUGGCUUUCAAAAAGAUGGAACAUGCAGAAAUGUAGCCCAUUUGCCACAGCUAGAAUCAAUCUGAUUUCUCUGCACACUCCAUUUUUUACAUAUUAUUUCAUAUUUUCAUCACCUGAUGAGGGAAGAGAGAGCCCAGAAAGGUCAGACAUUUUAGAAUUUGGUAGAGAUAACGCAAUGCAACAGAUCACUUGAAAUGAGUUUUAUAUAUAUCGGAAUUAGAGUUCUCAAAAUGACCAAUUGAAAAAAAUGAUAUUUUUUUCAAAAAAACGAAAAAAAUUUUUCUUUUUGACAUUUCAAACGAAUGUCGUUUUUUUGAAAGAUCAACCAAAAAUUGAUCACUUUCAUUCUUUUCAUUUUGUGUCUUUUUCAAAUAAUGACUGAAAAAAAUAAAUGGUCAUUUUCUAAACAAUCAUAUUCUGACUAGUAAAUAAAUGUUCGUCCUAAUGACCAAAAAUUUUUCAAAGUGAAAAAAAUAAAUGUUUACUUUUUUUGACCAAAAUUUUCAAAGUGAACUUUAAAUGUUCAUUUUUUUGACCAAAAUUUUCGAAAUGAACUUUAAAUGGUCACUUUUUUUGACGAAAAAUUUUUCGAAAUGAACUUUAAAUGGUCACUUUUUUUGACCAAAAACUUUUCGAAACGAACUUUAAAUGUUUACUUUUUUUCGUACAAAAAAAUUUUUUUCAACUGUGAAAAUUAAAUGUUUAUUUUUUUGGCCGAUAAUUUUUUCCGAACCUGGAUUUUUCCGAACCAAAAAUCCAAAUCAAUACUUUUUCCUUUUUUUCCUCAUUCAAUUAAUUCUCCAGAUAGAACCUUUCUUCCGGUCUGCUCAUUUUUUUGACCGGUUCCAUAUAAUUUUUUUCUCGGCCUUAACCGGCUUUUUAGCUUUGCCCUUGACCAUCCAGAUCACUGUUUUUCCAACAGAUUUAUCAAUUUUUUUAACCAGAAAUUAGUUUGAAUUUCGAAGUAAUCGAUUCAAGAUUUCAUUUGGAGAAGACUGAGAUAGAAUUGACUCCGACACAGAUACUGCCAAGUACCGUAAUAGUAAUGAAUAAAUGUUUACCUUUUUUUGAAAAAAAAUUUUUUUAAAAUGAAUUUUUAAAUGUUAAUUUUUUUGACCGAAAUUUCGAAAUGAAUUUUUAAAUGUUUACUUUUUUUGACCAAAAAAAUUUCAAAAUGAAUUUUUAAAUGUUCAUUUUUUUAACCAAAAAUUUUUUUCGAAAAAAAUAAGUAAUUGUUCAUUUUUUUAAAUGCUCAGUUAUGAAAUUUAACCAAAAUGAAGUUUUUAACAAACGGUUCAUGUGAAAUUUAACUAAUUGGUCGAAUUCAUCAAACGUUCAGAAAAUGUUUGGUUGAACGUUCGUUCAAACAUUUACUUUUGAGAACUCUAAUCGGAAUGAUGAAACAUAUUUUAUUUGGGUAAAAAAGUAACAAAUUUGUCAAGAAAUGAAGCGUGAUUAUUUUUUUCAUUCGCGGACCUUGGUAACGCGAAUCGGACGUGUCGGGGCAUUUCUAGUGACCACUUUAGUAGCCUCAGCACUUUUAAGUGAUCCCUAGAAUCGACAAGAAACACGUCCGAGUUUAUUUGAGUUUAUCUGAUCAGCGAUGGAGCGCAAGUGCACCACCUUUACGGCUUUCCCAUUCAUUUCGAAGCCAAUUGAUUCACGAUUUUCAAGCUUCUGAACGGAAUCAAAGUGGUGAAGCUCUACGCCUGGGAAGAGUCGUUCGAGAAGAAAAUCAACGAACUUCGAGCCGAAGAAGUCCGACUUCUGAGGAAUGUCUGUGUUCUGAGCCGAAUCGUUGACGUCGCCAACGCCGCCAGCCCUUUUCUGGUCGGUUUUCUGAUGGAUCUAUAAUGUCUUCAAAAGUCUUAUUAGGGUUCGAAAAAUUGUUUUUUUAUAAGCAUGAGGAUUCUUAAAUUGACAAUUAGAAAAACGCAAAUUUUCAAGAACGUGUAAAGUUUUUUUGAUUCAUAUGACGUCAUUGGGAACUGCUAUAAACUUUUUUUUUUGAACUUUUGCUGUUUUUUUUUUCUAAACAAUAAGUUCUUUUUUAGCUUCUGAUAUAGUCAGCGGUCUUCAUGAUGACGUCAAAUUUUAGUCUAACAAGGGAAUUUUUUUAAAUGAACGUGAUAUUUUUUCUCAAAACCGGUUUUUAAAAAAAAACAGUAGUUUCCCGAUCUUCUGAGCAGACUUCUCUAAAAUUUUUGCUCAGAAUGACGUCAUAAGUCCCAUUUCGUCAAUACAUACAUUUUUCCCAUUUAGCAUUUUAAGCAUUUUCAUGCCAUCUUCUGCCAUUUACAAACACAACACAAUGCUUAACUCAUCGAGAAUCCAUCAUUUUUGAAAAAAAAAUUUUUUGGUCUAAGUGUGCAAAAAUGGUUUUUGACCCAUUCUUCCACUUCAAGCAUUUUCAUACCGUUUCCAGUCAUUUACAAACACAAAACAAUGCUUAAAUGUUUAUUGCAAUUUAAAGGCGUUGACAAAUAAUAGCAUAAUAUUGUUUCUUCAAGACAAAUUUUAGGUAAAAACCUCUUUCAAUAAUUGUUAUUCAAACCGAAAAUUCAAGGAAAAAACCCUAAAAUGUGUCCUUGUUCAAAAAUUGUGAUUUUAAUGGUGCCCACUGGGUAUGUUACUUGUGGACAGGUUCCUUCUUGUUUACCUUGCGAAAAUCUGGACGUUGAGUCACGGUAAGAUUGGGAUCACCGGAACCAGGUGGAAUUGGCAUAGCUUUGCCACGUGGCGUACCCAGGGGGACGCCGACAGCGUUUUCGAAUUUGCCCUCGUAGCCUUUUGGGAUGAUGUAUUUAUCACCAACUUUUCCAUCCAUGAUUCGACGGGCAGGUUUAUCAGACAUGGUUGUGCGAAGGUCUGGCGAGAAUGGGCUCAAAUUAUUAUUAUUAUUCUACUCUUUCAACCAAAGAAAAGUGAUCUAUUAUGAAGACGCGAGAGUGAAAGACCUAUAUAGUUUUUAAAAAAGACAGCGAACGAUUAUCAGCCGAGUUGUGUGUUAACUUAUCUGGACACCUUUCACACGCUUUAAAGCCCCGUUUUUGCACCUUAUCAGCUUGAACUAGGGAGCGCAAAGCCCCACCCCUUCACGCCACCAAAAUGACGAUUUUUUUUUGUUGCAAAAACGGUUUUAAGGCGUUUAUACUAGCUAAAGUUCCACUUUAAAAAAAUAAACUGUUUUUGUUAACCUAUGUAAUCGACAACGCUCUACAAGACUGAAUAUUUUUGAAACCAUGUAUUUUUCAUAAAUAAGCGAAAAGGUAAGAUUUAACUCGAAAAAAACUGACAAGUUUCACAAAAUCGUCGCGUUUCAGAAAAACCAAGUGAGGAACGCUUCUAAAUUUUUAAGUAUGUUAUACAUUAACACUUUCUUUAUUUUUUGAGUAAAAAAAUUAAAAAAAUCUACCGACGCGAAAAAAAUAUCAAAGCUUGUAAAGUGACACCAAACUUUGAAGCUGACAUGCGAAAAAAAUUUCAGCGACAGGAUAUACUUUUUUUAUUUGAUUCAAAAAAACUCACAAUUUUUUUCAAAAAAAUAAAAAAAUUCAAAAUGAAAAACAAUUAUUGGGACAGCGAAUCAAAUUAUAUUUGAGUUUUUACCAAAACCUCCUUUUUUUCGCCUGCCUCGUUGACGCAUGAGAGAAUAGGAUCGCGUCUACAUUUUUGAUCAGGUUAUUAAGCGUUCAAAACUCUAUCAAUGAAAAAAUUAUGAAAAAAAUCGAUCGACGCGAAAAAAAUAACGGCUUUGAAAACCUCGAAAAAAUAGCAAUUUUUUUUGAAAUUUUGGAAUAAUUCGUGCAAGCAUUCGUAGCUGUGUUUGCGUCAAACACACCGAUGCGCCCUUUUAAAUGUUGCAGGAGCCGUUUUUCGGCGUCAAAUUGCACCUUUUCCUGUUUUAUUUCGAAAUAACAUUAUUUUUCAUUUUUUCUUUUUUCCAAAUCGAAUGAUAAUAAUUUUUCUGAGUAGAAAAAAGAACAAUAAGCUGAAAAAUCCCUUUCGUGAGAUUUUGCCUCCAGUCGUACGCCGCUCGCGCUCGUUUUUUGGCCAUAACUUUUUUCUUAGUGAAGCUUUUUUCAAAAACUAAACGGAUUAUGAAAAUGGACAGUCUCCGCUAUCGAUAAAUGUGAAAAACAUUUUUUGAAUCGUUCUGAAGAAAUGGCUUGCGGUCUCUAGCUUAAACCCCGAUCUUCGAAAAAGAGAGAGAGAGGAGAACCUUGCAGAACAUCCUGAAAAAGACAGAAAUUAAGAAAGAAACUGAAAGUGAAAGUUAGGGAGCGCAAAGCCCAGCCUCUUCACACAAUCAAAUUGACGAUUUUUUCGUUGCAAAAACGGUUUUCAAGUGUUUUAAAGGCAAAGGGGCAGUGAAAAAUGAGGUUUCCGGUGAAAGCAGUAUCUUAUAUAGUUUUUCUUUGCGAAUCGAACGGUGUACUCAAAAAAAUUACAGAUGUUACUACUUUUGAAGAAAAACGCGAUUUUACUUUCCCGCCUUUGAUUUUGAAAAAAGCUUUGGAUCGGUCUACGGACAACUGUUUACAGUAGCCGUACACGCGAUGUUGCGGACGUCUCAUUAGACUCGCAUUUUGGGAGAAAUAACCGGUUAUCUGCUUCAAAUUAAGGGUUUCGCCUCUGAAAAAUCGAUUAAGAAAACAGAAAAAACACACCGAUAAUAAAGGAAACGCAAAUAAUCGCUAUCCCAAUCGAAACCUGCGUAAAAUCAUCAUUUUUCACCAAAGAAGCGUUUUUGCGAUUAAAGUUUGCAAAGUAUACAUGAAUAGAAAGCUUUUGUGACGAAAAGAACUUUGGGGACAACAGAAAAAAUUGAAAAUUGAAAGAAACGAAGAAAAAAGCGAAAAUCCGGAAGAUGGGAAAGCCUGUUGUCCAUAGAGCAACUUUACUGCAAAGUGCCCUUUUUGCGGGAACUCAAGCUUUCCUUUCUUCGACUUUGAAUAAUUCUUUCUCCAAAGCUAAGAACUUCUGUACGUUUCCAAGUUCACCGUUCGAUUCGCAAUGAAAAGCUCUACAAAGUACUGCUUUGAACUGAAACACCGUUUUUUACUGCCCCUAUGCCUUUAAGAAGUUCAAUCCGGAACUUAAAAAAUAUCUCUUUGACUAAACAUAUGUAACUGACAUCCCUCUACAAAACUGAAUAUAUUUCAAUUUUUCCAUUUUUUUCAGAAAUACACUGAAAAAAAUAAAUUAUCACAAUCAUAAUUAAAAGAGUUCAGAUAUACACGCAGAAAUAGAUUAGUAAAUGUUAGUAUUACACGUUUUUUUGGUGAGGUGCGCUUCUUUUUUUCGGUCCGUAUUUUUUUCUUCUUGACUUUGUAACCCUGAAAUCUUUUUUUCCGAAUCAUUGGGACAAGUUUUUUUCUCAGACAUUUUUUUCGAAAAUUUUUUUCGGAAAAAAAUAUGAUCAUUAAAAAAAGCACUUAUUUAAAAUUUCAGUUCUUCGAAAAUCAAGAAAUCUCCUCGGUCGAUUUUUAACAUGUCUGAACCAAACCUAGAAUGUCCAUUCAUAUGACGUCAUAAGACCUAUUUCAUGACGUCAUAACUGCGAGAAUCACCAUUUUUCCAGGUAGCGAUCGCGUCUUUCUCUACUUUCGUUCUGUUGAAUGAGCCGAACGCCCUGACGCCGUCGGUGGCCUUCGUCGCCUUGACGAUCUUCAACCAGUUGAGACAGCCGAUGAGAAUGGUGGCCAACGUCAUCAACACCUUGGUUCAGGCCAUGGUCUCCAAUAAAAGACUGAAGGUUUUUUCGAUUCAUCAAGGAAUGAGGACUGGGAAAGUCGGUCCACUGAUUACCUUUUUGAUGUCUUUUUUUGAGAUUUUUUGAAGUUUUUUUUUUUACAAUAUCCAAUGCGUAUAAUUCAUAGUAAACUUCGAAUAUUGGCGGUCCAAAAACUAGGAUUUUUUGAUUUUUUUUAAACUUAAAUUUAAAUACUUGUAGUGCAUAGUGAUAAAUGAGACUUGAGGGUACAUUUUAGCGGAUAAAAAGAAAAUUCAAAAAAUGCAUUUUUUUUUAGAAAUCGUAUUGCUCACAAUGCGAACGAGUAUGGACUCUAAAGCCGUAGAAGUUUUGAAAAUCUCGAAAAAAUAGCCAUUAUCUCUCCAAACCAACAGAUAUUACCAGUAAAAAGAUUUUUUUGAUAAAAUUUUUGAACGCUUCGUUCGCCGAAUUAAAAAUAAAGCUUUUUUUACUAUGAUAAAAAAAAAUUGAAAAACAGCAAACUCAAGUUGGUUCUACCAGGGAGAUGAAGUGCGCUCUAAUGAGAAUAUCUUAACAUUUUUGGAAUGUAAUUGGAAGGACCUCGAAGACCGGACAUUUUGAGAAGUUCUAGGGAUCACUUAGGGGUGAUGACGCUACUAAAGUGAUCACUAGAAAUUCGCAGAAACGUCCGCAGCACGUCUAUUUCGCGUUAGCAAUGUCCGAGGGGUUUUCACAAAAAUAAGGUUUUAUUUUAGGUCGAAAUCAUUGAUUUUCUCGUUUUUUGCGACAGGAAAUGCUUAGAUUUAUCUUUAUAUUGUUAAACUUUAAUUUUUCGCCCGUUAAAAUCCUAUUUUUUUAGUUUUUCAGCAUUUUUUUCUAAAAAGUUCAACUUUCAGAUUUUUAAACUUAUUAUUGAUUUUUUCGUUCAGGAAUUCAUGAACGAAGACGAGUUGGUGAGAAAAGUGGAGACGUCGAUUGGCAACGCUGUAGUAGUCAGGGAGGCGAAUUUGAACUGGAAGGGGCCGGAUGCGCCGCCCGUCUUGAAAAAUGUGAGCUUCGAAGUGGCGACUCUAGGGAUUUCAUCAAGUGCCCAUUAAAGUAUCUUCAUAUUGGAAAAUGACGGGCUGGCUCGAGCCAUCGAAAAAAAGGUCCUGGCACGAUAAAAUAUGAGAUAGUGUCUGGUUGGUGGAGAGCACAGACAGAGAACGCCUCUCUUAGCAACUCCAGAGUGGUCCCUUCAGGGAUCAGGGAAAAACGGCUCUACAGAAAAUAAAAAAGAACCCCCUGCAGAGGUAAAAAAAAAAGUGGUCCCUAUAGGGGUUUAGGGUCUGACCCCUACGCUGAUUAAGCUUAAGUGGUCCCUUAGGAGUCGUUCAAUUUGAAAAUUAAAAGGCAAACUUUGAGGAAUUUUCUCAUAGAGGUCAUAAUAAUAAACGACUAGAGCGGCCAUUAACUGAAACCCCUGUAGGGGCCACUUACGCAAGUUUUAGUGACCUCUAAAGGGGGAAGUACUGUGGUCCACAGCAGGGAACUCUAAAGGAGCCCUAAGGUAAUCCCUAUAGGGACCACUAUGGAGUCCGCUCUGACUUUUUAUCAGAACUUUCAAUAGGAAAAUUGAAUUAGGAUCAAUCUUGGAAAACCUCUCAAGUGACCUCUUGAAAAUUGAUCUGUCAAGGGACCCCCCAGAAAUAUCUCUAGGAAAUUUCCUUUUGGACAGGUUUAAGGUUUCCGAAUCUUGAAUCAAGAACUGGAAUGUCUUUUUCUACGAUAAUUCCAUUUAAUGAAUGCUCUAAUGAUUUUCAGAACUAUUUCAAAAAAAAAGUUUAAAACUAGAUAUUUUGAAGAUAUUUCUUUUCUUUUCUGAUAAAUUGAUUUGAGAUCACAGCGACGGUCCGUACAAACCAACUGGUGGCGAUUGUUGGAAGUGUUGGCGGCGGGAAAUCCAGCUUCCUUUCCGCUCUUCUAGGUAGUUCUCUUCGAUUUUUUGGGGUUUUACCGGUUUUCAGAGUCAUCAGAAAGUUUCUAGGUUAAUGAACGGUUGAAAUUUUCGAAUAAGUAUAUAUAAUUUAUUGAUGAAAGUUGAAGCUUCCUUUCCGCUUUUCGGAAGUGUUUUUCUCCAGUCUUUUGAAUUUUUAGAGGCUUCAGAUUUUUUUAUGAGGAUUAAAGGUUAAAAUCUUCAAAUAAGUAUAUGAAUUGGGAUAAUGAAAGGUUCAGUGUUUUUCCCGCUCAUCUAGAUUUUUCAGGUUUUACAAUUUUCAGAAUUUUGCUAACAAAUUUCGAGAGAAAAUUCAAGUCAAAAGUGAAGUUUUUUGUAUUUUUUGAUCUUUUGUUACAGUAGACUUCUAAAAAAUCUGAGAAGGGAAAGAAAAACUUUUUGGAUUCCCCAGUUUUUGGAUGUUUCCAGAAUUCGAUUUUUGCGUGAAAUUUCGAACCUUUUUUGGUUUUUCUCUCAACUUUCCUUCUAAUCUCCCUAAUUUCCAGACGAAAUGAACCUUCUGAGUGGACGGAUAAAAAUCGGCGGCACAAUCGCCUAUGUCCCACAACAAUCUUGGAUUUUCAACAAAAGCGUCAAGGAAAAUAUCCUUUUCGGAAGCCCCGAAGAUCCGACUUUUUAUCAGGAUGUGAGCGGUUUUUGUGGGCAAGUUUAAUGAUGAAAAAAAGCUUAAAUUUGAAGGUUUUUUGUUCAUAAGGAUAGGAUAUCAUUGAUAACCGUUUUCGGGGCCCUCUUUGGAAUUUGUGAUUUUUUGAAGUACGCCUAGGAAGAAAAUGCGCUCUAAUGAGAAAAGAAAAGGAAAUAUUUGAGAAUUUUUCAAGGCUUAUAGUUUAAAAAAAGUCCACUGAGUAUGUAAAAUCGAGAAAAUUUGCUCCAAUAACAAAUGAAUUGAAAUUUUUGGCUAAUGCCGUGUUCAAAGUAAUUUUCGCGAAAUGCAAAAUGGUCUCUGACCCUCCAAAAUUAAGUUAUCUUUCUCUUUCUCUGACAGCUAUUUUGAAUUUCGCGGAAUCACUUUGAACACGGCAUAAAAUUCCGUGAAAUUAAUUCAAUUGGUGUCAAAUUUCAAACGGUAAAUGCGCUCCAAUGAUAAAAAAAUGAACAGGAAAUAUUUGAGGGAUUUUUCACGUUUUUCGAUUGAAAAAGAGCCUUAUUUGAAUAGGAAAAAAUGAGAAAUGUAGAAAAAAAAAUGAAUCUUUAAAUUCAUUUAUGCUUUUUUCUCGGACCACGCAAACCAGACGCGCCCUGGUCUUUUCUGAGCCGUUCUAGGGAACACCAGGGUUGUGCGUCAGGCCGGGCGGCCCGGCCCUGGGCCGGCCUGGCCCGGGCUUUGGGCCUUAUUUUUUUAAGAAAAAGCCCGCGUGGGCUCGGGCCGGGCCGGGCUUCAAAAAAAUAUUUAAAAUUUCAUUUAAAAAAUUUUUCACCGAAAUGUGACUUUUACUUCUAAAAUCAUAGUUUUUGUUAAAGUUUAAGAGAAAAAAUGAGCAAAAACGUAAUUUUUGUCGUAAAAAAAACUUGAUAUUCGACUAGAAAAAAAUUGCGCGAUUCGGGCCGGGCGGGCCAUUUUUUCUUGAGGCCCGCUAAGGCCGGACCGGGCUUGCGAAAUGGUCGGGGGGCCGCGAGGGUGACGGACCGGCCCUCGCACAUGCCUGGCGUCGGGCCAGGCGGCCCGGCCCGGACCGGCUUGGCCCGGGCUUUGGGCUCACAAUUUCAAAGAAAGCCGGCGUGGGCUUGGGCCAGGCCGGGCUUCUUCUUCUUUCGAAAUUUCAUUUUGAAAAAAUUUCACGGAAAAAUUAUUUUUACUUGUUGAAUCAUAGUUUCUAAUAGCUUUAUGAGAAAAAAUAAGCAAAAAUACUUCUUUUCUCGUUAAAACAGCAAAAAAUUGGUUUUGAAGAGAAUUUGAGUUUUUUGGGCCGGGCCGGCCAUCUUUGCUUAAGGCCUCCCUAGGGCCGGGCCGGACCGGGCUUGGGAAGUGGCCGGGGGGCCGAGAGGUUGACGGGCCGGCCCUCGCACAAGCCUGGGGACCACUUAAGAAUGCUGAUCCCUUUUAGGGAUCACUGGAAAUGGUCCGUGGGGCGUCCGGUUUGCGUUACCGAGGUCCUAGCGUCCCAGGUCAGGCAUCGAAACAAAAUUCCCACCGAGAAUAUUUUUACAUAGUUUCUGUUGACUCUGAGCAAAAGAACCAGCAAAAACGUGACUUUUGUCUUUAAAAAAAAGCUUGAUAUUCGACUUGAAGGAAAUUUGAGUUUUACGGACCGGGCCCGCCAUUUUUGUUUGAGACCUCCAGGCUUAAAAAAUGGGUGGGGACCGAAAGACUGAUGGACCGGCCCUUGCACAAGCCUGAACGAGUUCAACUGAUUAAAAAUCCGGAAAAUUAUUUCAAUCAGACUCCACUUUUCCAGGUGAUAAAAUCUUGCCAAUUGGAAUCGGAUCUUUCGCGGCUCGAUAAUGGAGAUGAUACAUUGGUCGGAGAAAAUGUUGGUUUUUUUUCGAAAAGUGUUCUUUUGCAAUUUAUUCAGAAAUUCAACAAAUGUUAACAAAUAUUUUCAAACCCUUUUUCAUUCUUAUUCAUUUGAAAUGAUAUUAGUGACUUGACUUUCCUUUUUAAAAGACACCCAAUUUCUAACUGCUUUCUUUUCCAAAAUUGUCCUUUGAUCUUUUUCGAAAACGUUAAUAUCUCAAAAGACUUAGGAGCUCCAGAGAGGCCCCUGAAGGGCCCCCUCCAGGGACUACUUUGGCAAUCCUAAAAGGGACCCCUAAAGCUUGCAAAACUGGUCCCUAUAGGAGUUUCUUCCAGAUUUGAACUCAAUUUCUUGACAAAGUUCGCUCCAUUGAUAAUAGUAACGCCUUUUUAUUUUUAUUACUGAGAACCGGAAACGCCCCGGACGUUUCUGAGCAUUCCUAGGAAUUACUUUGGGGACCUCAAAACUCUCAAGGGAUUCCUAGAGUUUUCCAGAAAGGUCCGCGUUACCGAGUUACUGAUUUCUUUUUUUCAAUGAGUCGGUUUUUUUUUUAUUGAAAUUCCCAGUGAAUUUUUCAGGGAAUCACCUUGUCUGGAGGCCAGAAAGCUCGGAUUUCGCUCGCCAGGGCUGUUUAUCAGGUUUGUUUUGUGUUUUGUUUUUGAUUUUAUGAAGUAAGGCUAUUUUUAUUAUCUGUGUUAUCUGGGUAGGAAAUAUAACUUUGCUUUUUUGGUAUAAAUUUUUUAAGAGUUGACCAAUUAUUCAUAAAAAUUUGUACAGUUGUUUCUUACAGUGUCACUUUGUUAUUACCAAAAUAUCAUCCUGAUAAUUUAACUUUUUUUAAACUGUAAGAGCCUAAAAUCAAAAAGUUCACCUGACAAGUUUUUUUCUAGCCGAUUUACUUGAUAUAAAAAAAAUAAUCAAUUAACUAAUUUUGGUUUUUUUGAAGCGUUGAGUUCAAUAUAAAAAAAUUUUUUUAAACCUUAUUCCUGAAAUGGAAUGAGAUCCAAGUGAAAAACUCUUUUUUUAUUUCGAAUUAUUUAGCCUCUAAUCUCGAUCAGAAAGUUUGGUUGAAAUUUUAUUUUUUUAUAGUAAUAUUUAUAAUUAUUCACAGGUAAAAACCAGAAUACUAUAUAAAAGAAAGGUGGGAACACAGCAGAAAUAACUGGAAUGUUGUAUGCAUACUUCAUUUUCUUUAAUUUUUUCAUUUUAUAUAUUCAAAGUCUCUUACGAAGUUUCGAGUUUCGUAUAAACCAUACGUCGGCUGGAUCCUACCCCGGGGUGCGGCCUACUUCAGUACAUUUUCAAGUUUUUUUCCUCGCGCAAAAUGCUGAGGUGGGAUCCAGCCGUUGUAUGGUAUCAACUGAUUUCUAUUUAUUAAAUUUAGGACCGAGAAAUUUAUCUAUUGGAUGACACACUCUCUGCAGUCGACGCGCAUGUGGGACACGCAAUUUUCGAAAAUGUUAGUUUAAAAAAAACGGAAAAGUGGUCCCUUAUAUAAGGAGCUGAAAAAGCUCCGUUAAUAGCUCCUAGAAAGAUGAAAAAAGAAGUCUUCUGAGCUAGAGUUGUGAACUUUGAAGUGUCCACUCUAGGGAUUCUAUCAAGUGCCCAUUGAGAUUAUUUUCACUGGAAAAAGAUAAAAAUGAUAUAGCUGAUUCACGGUAGACUUGAGCCAUCGAUAACUGGUUCUGGCACGAUAAAAUAAGAGAGAGUGCCUGGUUAGGGGAGGGCACAGACAGAGAACGCCUCUCUUAGGAGCGCUGAAGUGGUUCCUAUAGGGAUUAGGGGAAAAACAGGCUCUACAGAAAACAAAAAAGAACCCCUGCAGAGGUAAGAAAAAAAGUGGUCCCUAUAGGGGUUUAGGAUCUGACCCCUGAGCUGCUGGAGCUUAAGUGGUCCCUUAGGAGUCGUUCAAUUUGAAAAUUAGAAGGCAAACUUUGAGGAAUUUUCUCAUAGAGGUCAUAACAAUAAACCACUAGAAUUCUCCCCUAGAGCGGCCACUAACUGAAACCUCUGUAGAGGCCACUUACGCAAGUUUUAGUAGCAUCUACAGGGGGAGGUAUUGUGGUCCCAAAAAGAACCUUCACGGGCUGGUUAGGGGAGAGCACAGACAGUGUUCAGCUUCUAGGGGUCCCAAGCUAGCCUUGGAUUGACUGUAACUUCAGGGGAUCUUUUUUGAAUCCUCUGGAAUCUUUUCAGUUCAUUUUUAUUGAAUGAUGUAAAAAAUUGAUCCUUAGAAUCUCUCUUUUCCAAAAAACCCUUCGAGGAGCUUUUCCGAUGUGCCCAAUAAAGGAUUUAAAAGUAAAAUCCACAAGAAUACGGUCAAAAAUGGACGAUUUUCCAGGUGAUCGGCCCAAACGGCCUAUUGAGACACAAAACCCGACUCUUGGUCACCCACAACCUACAGUAUACCAGGAAUGUUGAUCGGAUCUACGUUAUUGAAGGUUUUUUUGAUUCAAAAUUUGAUACUACUUGUUUUUCAUUAUUAAAUGGUUGAAUAUUAAAAAGAAAAAAUUGAAAUCCUUACUCUUUUUUCUUUUUUUUUUUUGGACAUGCUGGAAAAAGUCGCUCAGUUCGGUUGCUUUUUUUAUGAUGAAUAUUUUUUCAAUUUUUAAAAAAUUUGGAAGGUUUUUGGGCUUUAUUAAAAUAUUAACAGUUCAAUAAACGUAUUUGAAAAAUAUUAUAACCAGUUUCGAAGUCAGUUUUUCAAAAAAAUUCUGCUCAUCAAAUCAAAAAAAAUUCACUUUUUUUCUGAAUUUUUUUCUAUUUUCGCCGGAAAAAAAUGCUCUCAAAUCCUAAUGAAAAACUAUCUUCCACUAACAUAUUUCGAUUUAAGUUCAAGUUUAAAAAAAGGUUGAUUUGAAAUUCAUCAAAAAAACACGAAAUCUCCUAUUUUGAGCCGCUAAUAUUUGGUUUUUUUGGAAACUUAAAAACCUCACCAAAAUCGAGAAUCCUACGCAUUUGAACUCUCAAACAAUUUAAUAAAUUAAAAACUUCAAAAAUUUUUCAAAAAAAAUAGCAACUUUGAAAAUAGCGACUGAACUUAUCGAUUUUUUUAAGGUAUUCUGCAAUUUAUGACUCAAGAUUCAUUAUCUCAUAAUACAAGUAGUUUUGUAAAAACGGUAAUGUCAAGUUUUAACUUUUUUUUGGCAAGGUUCUGAAGAAAAAUUAUUUUCAAAAAAAACGUCUACAAAAUUCAUUAAAACCAACGUUCGAUUCUUCUUAGAAUUGUUAAAAAAAUUUGAAUAUUUAUUGAUUUUUUUACCAUUUUUCCCGAUUUUUUUCAGACGGACAGAUCGUGGAACAGGGAACCUACGAUGAUUUGAAAACAAUGGGAGGACCUUUCCAAAAUCUCUACGAAGAGUUUGAAUCGAAACAAUCGGAGAAGGAAAAAAAAGACGGAGAUGAAGAAAAUUUGAUCGAUGGGCAAGUCGAAGGUGUGUGUGUGUGUGUGGGGGGGGAUGAAAACAGAGCUUUAGCCAAAAAAAUAUUCGGUUUGCUUACAAAUCUUUACUUUCUCAAGGCGGUUUCAUACAGGAAAAAAAUUCGUACAACAUUAUUCUAGAGCCUCUCCACACUUUGUUAGAAUCUCCAGAUUGGUCCCUAUAGGGGCAAUUUAGAGACCCUCGAAGCUUCCCCUCGAGGGACCACUUUACGUCAUCCUGUAGGGGUCACUAAAACUUGCGAAAGCGGUCACUAUGGCGUCUGAAUUAGUGGUCCCGAAAGGGGCAUGCUUGCCUUUCAAUGUUAGGAUAUCUAAGAGAAGAAGCAUUUCCAACAAACCAGCGUUUUUGAAUGAAAAGUUUCGAUUUCAAUAGAGGUUCUAUCAAUCAAUUUUCAUUAAAUAUGUCUUUUUCAUUUUUAAAAUCGAAAAUAGUUAAAAGACCUUUAGAACGACUCUAUAGGCGACCACUUGAGCGUUAGGGGCUUAUUUCAUACCCUAAAUCCCUAUAGUGAUCACAAAACUUUCUAAAUUUUGAAAAAAAAAUACCCACCAAAAAAAAGCGACCAAACUGACCGAUUUUCCCAGCAUAAAACCAAUUUUCGAAUUUAAGCUCUAACCCACUGAAAAAAGCUCUCAAAGUGAUUUUUCGCUGUAAUUUCCAACAUUAUUAUUCCGAAAUGCAAGAAAUGAAUAGCGAUAAAAUACGUUUCAUCCUUCCCAUAUAUAUAAGAAGUCAAUACGUGUAGUCCAUUGAAUUGAAAGCAUGGUAUUACGUUCAUUCGCCUCGUUUUUCCACAAGUAGAUCCCUCAGUUUCGCGGGUACGGGCACGGCGGUGAGGGUGGGGCUCGGGCACGGACCCCGUGUACACUCUAGGGUUGCCUCGGCCGAUUGAGAGAGCUGCCACUUCGAGUGAAGAAAAUACACGGAAUUGCAUGGCAUUGUUUCUUUCAAAUUCUAAAAUGUCUGAGCUUUCUGGGCUCUCUUUUCCCUCAUCAGCGAGGCCAUGAAGAUAUGAAAUAUCAUGUAAAAAUGCAGUGUGCAGAGAAAUCAAACCGGUUUCAGGCGAAUGGGUUAGUACUUGUUCAAUCUUUCCGCGAGCUAUUCCAAAUGCGGUCGGAUGCAUAUGGUCGCAUUUGAAAUGGCUCGAAAGCGCACCCGACCAAGAAACGAGUUCCGCGCGGAGGGAUCGAGUAUUUUCUGUUGCUGGAUCAAACCGCGAUCUCUAAUUUUAAUUCUAAAAAUUCUGUAACUGGUCAAAAAUCCUGAAAUGAAAUGAAGAGUUGAAAUCGGAAAAACGAACUUUUCGGACUUUUUAUAUUUUGAAAAAAGGAGGCUUGAUUUUUUGUUAAUAAUUCGACUGUUUUGACACCAAAAAAAAAUUAAAAUUCCAGAAUACUUUUUUUAAUUGCAAAAAAAACGUUUCCAAAGAUCAAAAUGUCCUAAAAGUUGGUCAGGUUAUAGAUUCUGAUUAUUAAUACCAAAAUCAGAAUAAGAAUCGCAUUGUAUCAAGUUAGCCGGUUAGAAAAGCGGCAUUUUUAGGGUUCAACUAUGUUAAAAAAUGAUGGAAAAAGAUAAUUUUCCUAUUUAAAGAAUUAAAUAAUAUCACCAAGUUUUAUGCGAAAACUGAUGUCCUCUUUGAAUCCUCACUUGAAAAAAUAAAUGUGAAUGGAUCUCGAUCAUUUUUCAUAGACCAAGCUGAUAAAAUUCGAGUUUCAGGAGCAGCUUUGGUCAAGCGAAAACUGACGGUUGAUAAGAUAAAAGAUAGCGACCGACCUAAGGAUAACAAAACUGGUGUGGAGACGGUUCAGCUGGGAAGGGUUCGUUUUUGGAGCCAUGAGAAAUGAAAAAGUAAAUAUAGUAAAUCGUUGGUAAGGCAAAAUCUCAAAGUCCAUAACCUUGGAGAAAAAAAAAUCGCUUUCGUGAAAAGAUCAGAAAUUUUUUUCGGUGUUCGAAACAUAAGAAUAAUACGAUGAAAAGGUUCAAUGAACAAGGCGAAAAUGAAACUUUUUUUUUUCAAGGUUGAGGUUUACAAGAUUAUGAUCUCUGAGAUCUGCUUACACAGCUCGCAUGCUGAGCAGGGUAACCUCGCCGUGCUAACACGGGGUCUCCGCGGGUGCCCCCGUAUUAAACCCGUAAAAGCCCAGCUGAUAGAACUUUUGGCAAUUUUUAGCCCAACCGAGACCCCGCUUUAGCACAGCUGAGUUACAUAUUUUUCAUACACCCGUUGUUCCCCCGUUUUAGCCCAACUGAGACUAAAAUAACCUCAGAAACACGGGUUUAAUACGGGUACACCCGUUGAUACACCUGAUCAGCAUGCGAGAGGCCAUAAGUCGGCUGGAUCCCACUCCGGGGUGCGUCCUAUUUUAGUCCAUUUGAAAAAAUUGCUUUUUCGUGGGUUCCAGUCAAUGUAUGACACAGGCUUACGGCUCUCAAGAUUUGCAGACUCGAAAUUUCCUCAUAACAUCAGUAAAUCCGUUCCAACUUGAAAGGCGAGAUGGGUAAAUGAGAAAAGGCGACGCGUCGCGGUUUUUUUGCGGGGAACUUAAGGUCAAACGCGAGCCAUCAUUUUUCUCCUUUUUUUGACAGUUUUUUUCAAAAAAAUUCAUAUUUUUUUGUGGUUUCGAAAAACAUUUAGUUCAAUACAUAAAAAAAUUAAAAUAUAUAAAAAAAUUAAUUUUUCUACUUUUUUCCAUGAUUAAGUUUAACCCCUGAGCUCCCCGUCAAAAAGCCGCGUCGCGUACGCAACGCGUCACCCUUGUCAAACUACCUAUAUCGCCUUUUAAGCGGGGAGUACUUGACUGUGAAAUGAGACUGUUUCGUCUUUAAGAUACUCUCACAGAACAGGGAAUGACAUAAAAAAAGUUUAUCUGAGCUGCUUUAAAAUUUUUUUCACUUCUUUUUUUGGAAUAAAAAAAUCGAAUUUCAUCUCAUUUUUUUCUAGUUUUUUUGUUUUUUUAGUUUUUCAGCUUCCAAACAGUACUAAACAAAAUUUAACUCAACAAUUUUUUUAUUUUAAAUGGUUCGGAAACGUAUAAAGACCUUUAUUUUUGGACACGUAAAAGUCAUUUUUUUCAAAUAAUAUCACAUUUAUUAUUUUUUUCUAAGGCUUGAUAUCAUUAUUUUUUUAUAUAUUGUUCAAAGCAGCCUUUCAAAAUUGAAAAUGAAAUGCUGCGAUUUGAAUUUUUUUAAGACCAACAAAUGAUUUGAAAAAUAUGAGAUUUCGUAGGAAUCAAUGCAAAAAAAUUCGCGUAAAAACUGACGAUUUUUUAGUAUUUUUCAAAGAAAAUUGUUGAAAAAAAUGCUCUCAUUAAUUUUUUUUAAAAACAUUUAUUUUAUUCUAAAGAUGGUUUUUUUUUAGUUUUUUUGAUAUUUAAAAGGGGCAAAUUGAAAAUUUGAUUUUUUAAGGCCAUUUCUUUGCGUUUUUAAGUUUAGGCUUGAAAAUCUUGCCAAAAACAAGCGAAAGAAGAAAAAUUUUGUUCAUUUUUUAAUUUCAGGUGAAUAAAAAGCGUCUACGGUCUCUAUUUUUGCCACGAUGGGAUGGUUCAAUUCGAUCGGCUUUUUUUCUAUUCUUCAUGUCUCAUUUUGCGAUUAUGGUGGGUUUUUUGAUUUUUGAAGAUUUUUUUGAGUAAAAAUGAAAAGAACGCGACCGACCUUGAAACGGCUCGUGCAAGAUCACUUUUCUGGAGUUUGAUAUACCUUUUUUUGAGAAAAAAAUCUAGAAAAAAACAUUUUUGAAAAAAAGUUUAUGGAAACAGGGGAAAAAUCUUAUUGAAGCAGAGAAAACAUCUGAAACUUGAUAUAUUUUUUUGAGGGAAUUUCAAAAAUAAAAAGUCCAGAUCUAAGCGUGAAAAAUGGUUUGAAAGGGGCCUCCAUCGUCACAAGUUCCGAACGCGUUAUUUCCCAAAUUUUUCCCGCAUUUACUCCGUAAACAUUUGAUUAAUUGCAUUUGUCUUAUACUUAUAGCGGUUUAACACGUUUUCUGUAUAUAUAGAUUCCAUAUAAGUCUUUUUCAGUCCCUCCGAUCUCUCUGGCUUUCGGAUUGGUCCAAUGAGAAUGCGGAAUCAAAAUCCAACAGCAACGUCACCAAAAUCUCGACCGAAUUCCGAUUGGCCGUUUAUGCCGGAUUCGGAGUUUGUGAAAGUGAGAAUUCUUGAUUAAAUCAUUGACAAAAUCAGCUUUAUUUGUUGAGUGAAAAGGUUAUUUUUUCCGGGAAAGCAAAUAUGUUUUUUUUGUAGGGAGAGAAUCAUCACGACUACAAAAAUUCUGCCUUCACUUAUUUUUUUCAAUUUUUUUAGUAAAAAAAGCAUUCAUUUUUUUAAAAUAUUAUUGUUUUUUUUCGAAAAAAACGCAAAAGGUUGUGGAAGUUAUAAAAAAAUACUGAAAAAUUUUGUUCUUACCCGUUUUUAUUAGGUUUUCAAGAAAAAAAGGCUUAAUUUUUCACGUUUUUAGCAUUUUUUUCAUAGAGCGAAAGGCUAUGGAGAAUGUAGAUCAAUGGAAAUUAAGCCAAAGAAAAUUUCACUUUUCUUGAUUGUUUUCUUCUUCUUCAAAGAAAAAUAAGCUUAUUUUUCCACCCCCGUUUUCAAAUUUUCAAAAUCAACCAGCUUUUCAAAAUCUCCAUCAUGUCUUCCUUACAGUCCUAACACUGUCCUGCGCGUUCGCCUUGUUAACCUUGGGAACCCUGCGAGCCUCCUACGGGCUUCAUGCGCCCUUGAUCCGCUCCCUGCUACGAGCUCCGAUCACAUUUUUCGACAUCACUCCCGUUGGAAGGAUUAUCAAUCGAUUAUCGAGGGUUCGUUGUAUGCUGCACCCUUUCACUAGUCUUUUUAAUAAUUUCAAGUUUCAUGUUCAUUUCGAAACAAUAGCUCAAUUUGGUUUGGCUUCUUUCAUUUCUUAUUUCCCACGCUUUCUUUUCAUUUUUUGCUUCUGAAUAGAUGCAUAUCAAAGACAAAAAAAAUGUACUGGUGCAUGAAAAAAAUACAAAUCUAGAUAGCGUUCAGAAUAAAGAGAGACCUAGAGAAAAAGAGUGAAAAACGACUCUGAUGGCUUGAAUAGAACUUUUAAAGGAAAUGGUAGUUAGAGAGCUUGAAAAACAGAGAGACCCAGAGACGAAGAGGAUGUGAAAGUGUGUCUGGUGUCUCCUGAUUUUCCAUGUUCUCUGUCCAUUUUAAGGAUUAAGAGCUGUUGUAAUGAAAAAAAAAAGGUGGAGAGCUUUAGAAAGUGAGAGACACAGAGAAAAAGAGUUGUAUAAGUGUUUGGUGUCUCCUGAUUCUCUAUGCUCUCUAGUUUUCUCGGUUUGUUCUUUCAUUCUGAAGGUUUGGAUGGAACUGUGGUAACGAGAAGGAAGCGAGAGAUCGUGGAAAACAGAGAGAUUCCGAGGCAGAGAGUAAAAUAGACGGUGUAGGACGUCUCCUCAUUUCCACUGAUCUCUAGUUUUCCUGAACUUUAGACCUUUAUAAUGACUAUGAGGGCUUGAAUAGAACUUUUGUAAGAAAUGGAAGUCAGAGAGCGUGAAAAACAGAGAGACCCAGAGACGAAGAGGAUAUGAAAGUGUGUCUGGUGUCUCCUUAUUUUCAAUGUUCUCUAGUUUUCUCGCUUUUAAGCUUUUUGUUUCAUUCUGAAGGCUUGAACUGAAUUGUGGUAACGAGAAGGAAGCUAGAGAUCGUGGAAGACAUAGAGACCCAGAGACAAAGAUGAUAUGAAAGUGUGUCUGGUGCCUCCUGAUUUUCUAUGUUCUCUACUUAUCCAUUUUUAAGGAUUAAUUUGAGCUGUUGUAAUGAAAAAAAAGCUGCAUAGCGUGAGAAGGUGAGAGACACAAAGAAAAAGAGUUAUAUAAGUGCCUGGUGUCUCCUCAUUCCCUAUAGUGUCUUUUGCCUUUUUCCAUUUUUUUCUACUCUAAUAUGAUUGGUAUCAUUUUUAAUCAAAAUCAAUGAUUUUUUCGAUCUUUACCGUUGAAAAAACCCUCAUUUUCCUUCUCAAUCUUCAACAUUUUGAUUCAUUUCGUUUUGAUUUCGAUUUUCAGGAUCUCGACGUCAUCGACAAGCUUCAGGACAGUUUAAGGAUGCUUACUCAAAACCUUUUCAAUGUUGGUUUUAUGUUUUUAUUCAUUUUUCUUGUCAAAUUUUCACGGAAUUGCUUCAAAUUUCUAAUUUUGAAACAUGAAAUGAAUUUUCAAGCUUCCAGGUGGUCACAAUUAUGGUGCUGGUCUCGAUUUCGACGCCAGUUUUUCCUCGUUUUUGUCAUCCCUCUCAUUUUUGCCUACUAUUUUUAUCAUGGUUCGUUAUGGAAUUUUUAUCAUUUUUUUCAAGCGAAUUUCGAAAAUGUUUUUCUUGAAAAAAAGUUUUUUUCUCAUGGGAUACACUCAUUUCCGGCCGAAAAAAACUGGGAAACGAUCCUUUUUUUAAAAAGUUUACUUUUUUUCAGAAUAUUCACUUUCUAAAAAGGUUUCGUUUUUUUAAAAGAGAAGUAAAGAAGACAAAAAGUUGUUUGAGAUGCUCAACAAUGUGAAUUUAUGAAUGAAUUCAUAAAUUUUCCAAAAAAAAAUAGAGUUUGAACUUUCAACUGGUUUUUUUCAGAGUUAUUUCAUACCGACCGCCCGUCAACUGAAACGGUUAGAAAGUGCGAAUCGCUCCCCAAUUCUUUCAGUUAUUGCCGAAAGUAUCCAUGGAGCUUCUUCCAUCAGGGCUUUCAAGAAGGUUUCGUCUUCAAAAACCAUAUAAAAAACAGGAUUUUUAAAAUUUCAAUAGAAAAAAUCAUCUACUAAACGGUUAGGUAAAAAGCAAAAAAAGCAUGUCGAAAUUUUUUUCGAUCAAAAAAAUUGAUUUUUUUCUCGAGUUUUUCAAAAAUUAAAAAAAUUGGUUAAACAAACGAACAUGACAUAUCUUUAUGACCAGGAAUGUAUGCCCUUAAAGGCAUAGGGGCAGUAAAAAACGGUGUUUCAGUUCAAAGCAGUAAUUUGUAGAGUUUUUCAUUGCGAAUCGAACGGUAAACUUGAAAAUGUACCGAACUUCCUACUUCUGGAGAAAAAAUAAUUCAAAGUCGGAGAGAGGAAAGUUUGAGUUCCCGCAAAAAGGGCACUUUGCAGUAAAGUUGCUCUAUGGACAACAGGCUUUCCCAUCUUCCGGAUUUUCGCUUUUUUCUUCGUUUCUUUCAAUUUUCAAUUUUUUCUGUUGUCCCCAAAGUUCUUUUCGUCACAAAAGCUUUCUAUUCAUGUAUACUUUGCAAACUUUAAUCGCAAAAAUGCUUUUCUGGUGAAAAAUGAUGAUUUUACAUCGGUUUCGAUUGCGAUAGCGUUAUUUUGUGUUUCCUUUAUUAUCGGUGUGUGUUUUUUGUUUGACUAAACGUUUUUUCAGAGAAGAAACCCUUAAUUUGAAGUAGAUAUCCGGUUAUUUCUCACAAAAUGCGAGUCUAAUGAGACGUCCGCAACAUCGCGUGCACGGCUACUGUAAACAUUUGUCCGUAGGCCGAUCCAAAGCUUUUUUCAAAAAUAAAGGCGGGAAAGUAAAAUCGCGUUUUUCUUCUAAAGUUGUCACAUCUGUAAUUUUUUUGAGUACACCAUUCGAUUCGCAAAGAUAAACUAUAUAAGAUACUGCUUUCACCUGAAACCCCAUUUUUUACUGCCCCUAUGCCUUUAAUUGAGACCUUUUCCGAUAGAAACCCUGAAAAAACUAUUGGACGGUAUUUUAAAGGUUCAAGAGCUUCUUUUUCCCACUGAAAAAAGCUCUCAAGGCGGUUUAACGCUCCAAUUUCUAACAUUGUAUUCCGAAAUGCAAGAAAUGAACAGCGAUAAAAUACGUUUCAUCCUUCCCAUAUAUAUAAAACUCAUUCGAAGUGAUCUGUUGCAUGGCAUUGUCUCAAGCAAAUUCUAAAAUGUCUGACCUUUCUGGGCUCUCUCUUCCCUCGUCAGGUCAUGAAGAUUUGAACAUAGUGUGUAAAAAAAGAUGGUGACAGAAAAAAGAAAUCAGGAUUUUUUUCCCCGAGCCAUUCCAAAUGCGGCGGAACUCGAACUUCGAAAAUGACAAACUGAUAAAUAUUGGAAGUUUCAGAAGCAGCUUUGGUCAAGCGGAAACUCACCGUUGAUUAGAUAAAAGAUAAAAUAGAUAUCCUCUUGAAGCUCUUAACAGCCCUUUCUCCUGAGAUUUUUAUACGUUUUCAAAACAUUCCUCUUAUGCUCUUAAUAACCCUGUUUUUUUCAGGUAG